GACCCAAACCCACUUUUCUUUCCAAGCAAACUCAUUUCAGACCAAAAAAUAAUAAAAAUAAAAAGAAUAAGAAGAAGAAGAAGAAAACGCGCACUGUUUUUUCAAUUGCUGCUUUUUUCUUCUCUCUUUCUCUAAUUUUGUUUCUCUCGGGUUUUGAUUUGAUUUGAUUUGAUUAUUCCAAUGAGCGAUCAUUUGGUGCUCUUCGUUGACCGUCUCCUGCGCCCUGUGCCCGUUGACCCCGUCGCGCAGCCCGCUCAGCUCCCGUCCGAACCCUCUCCGUCUCCAGCCGCCGCUGCCGGGCCCUCCGGCUCUUCUCCGCCGGCGGAUCGAGACGGUGAUGCUGUUUUGGAGCGCGGCGAGGAUUGUGAUGAGGAGGAACCGCUGAUCCAGAUGGCGGAGUGCCGCAUCUGCCAGGAGGAGGACGGCGUUUCCAAUUUGGAGACUCCUUGCGCCUGCAGCGGCAGUCUUAAGUAUGCUCACAGAAAAUGCGUCCAGCAUUGGUGCAAUGAGAAAGGAGACAUAAUUUGUGAGAUAUGUCAUCAGCCUUAUCAACCUGGGUAUACUGCCCCACCACCUCGUCCUAAUCCAGAUGAAACUACCAUUGAAAUAGGAGGUGGCUGGACAAUAGCUGGCACGCCUUUGGACUUGCGUGAUCCUCGACUCUUGGCUAUUGCAGAGGCAGAACGUCAAUUCUUGGAUGCCGAAUAUGAUGAAUAUGCUGCUUCUAAUGCCAGUGGAGCUGCAUUUUGCCGCUCAGCUGCUCUAAUUUUGAUGGCCCUUUUACUUUUGCGGCAUGCACUAUCUGUCACAGAUGGUGAUGCUUCUGAUGAUGAUCCAUCCAAUUUUUUCUCUCUUUUCUUGCUUCGAGCUGCUGGAUUUCUUUUGCCUUGCUAUAUUAUGGCUUGGGCAAUCAGUAUUCUGCAACGUCGGCGACAAAGACAAGAGGCUGCAGCGCUAGCAGCAACCCAAGUUGCUUUUGUUCUACAAUCUGGGCAGCGUAGAGGUUUACAAUUUGCGAUAGCACCAGGACCCACAGUACAGCAGGAACAAGUGUAGUUUUGUAUGUUUAUGUAUGAACACCCAUGGCGUGUACGCCAUAUAAACAAGGCUUGUUGCAAUGCCAUGCAUUAUUACUCUUGAUUUUUACAGCUCUAAUGUAUGUACAUACUAGUGGUGGUAAAACAAUCCGUAAAUCCAUUAUCAUCCAUUCAAUUCAUCCAUCUAUAAAUGUAAUCGAAUCCAU